ACCCUAAUCAAACAUGGGCGCGUACAAGUACCUCGAGGAGCUCUGGAAGAAGAAGCAGUCUGAUGCCCUGCGCUUCCUGCAGCGUGUCCGGUGCUGGGAGUACCGCCAGCUGCCGUCGGUCCACCGCCUCACCCGCCCGACCCGCCCGGACAAGGCCCGCCGCCUCGGCUACCGCGCCAAGCAGGGCUACGUUGUCUACCGCGUCCGCGUCAAGCGUGGUGACCGCAAGCGCCGUGUCCGCAAGGGUGCCGUGACCGGUAAGCCCACCAACCAGGGUGUGCGCAAGAUCAAGCAGCGCCGCUCCAAGCGCUCGGUCGCCGAGGAGCGCGCCGGCCGCCGCUGUGGCAACCUCCGCGUCCUCAACUCGUACUGGGUCAACGAGGACGCUGCCAACCGGUACUUCGAGGUCAUCCUUGUCGACCCGCACCACACCGUCAUCCGCAACGACCCGCGCAUCAACUGGAUCUGCAACCCGGUCCACAAGCACCGCGAGCUCCGUGGCCUCACCGCCGCCGGCAAGAAGGCCCGUGGCAUGCACAAGGGCCACCGCUUCAACCACAACGGUCCCUCCAAGCACGCCGUCUGGAAGCGCCACAACACCCUCUCGCUCCGCCGCUACCGCUAAGCACCCCCUUUUGGCCCCCAUCGCCGCCUAAACGCUACUUGGAUGCCA